CUCGGCUUGCUUGUACUUUGCGCUCUUAAAACUACCUGCGAUUGCCGUGUUUCAAAGAACCGUCUUUCUUCUUCUUUAAAAGAACCUCUCGCGUCGCCUUCUUCCCUCUCCUUCAUCGUAUAUCUAUAUGAUCGUGUUUUCUCUUCAACCAAUUAAUCAAUCAAAGUCCAAAAUUAAAAACCAUUACGAUCUCAGCCGCCAUAAGCGAAUUCGAUCCAUCGGAUCUUGAACUAUGUCUAACGCCGAUAAAGCCCUGCCGUCGCCAACCCUAUCGAGGAGGAGGCCCGUUGAGGUGCGAUCGGUUUGGGCUGAUAAUCUUGAAUCCGAAUUCAAGAUGAUCCGAUCAUUAGUUGACAGUUAUCCGCUGAUCUCAAUGGAUACGGAGUUUCCUGGUAUUGUUUUCCGUCCCGCUGCCGAUGAUCCGUAUAAUCGUUAUCGUGAUUCGAAAGCUCACUACCUGAACUUGAAGGCCAACGUCGAUAUGUUGAAUUUGAUCCAAGUCGGCCUCACAAUUGCAGACCACGAUGGCAAUCUGCCGGAUCUUGGUACGGAUAGUUGCUAUAUUUGGGAAUUUAAUUUCCGCGAUUUUGAUGUGUCGCGGGACGCACACGCCUACGAUUCGGUUGAAAUGUUAAGAAGUCAAGGCAUAGAUUUCGAGAGGAAUCGGCAGUGCGGUAUCGAGUCGGUUAAAUUUGCUGAACUAUUGAUGUCGUCGGGACUCGUCUUAAACGACUCGGUGAGUUGGGUGGCAUUUCACGGAGCUUAUGAUUUCGGUUACUUAGUCAAGUGCUUGACUCAGCGAGUCCUACCAGUGGAAUUAACGCAGUUUCUUGACACAGUGAGGUUGUUUUUUGGAGAUUGUGUUUACGAUGUGAAGCAUUUGAAUCGGUUUUGCGAUUUGUAUGGCGGGUUGGACCGGGUAGGGAUGGCACUGGGUGCCGACCGGGUUAUAGGGAAGAAGCACCAGGCUGGGUCGGAUAGCUUGUUAACUCUGUAUGUGUUUCAGAAGAUUAAAGAGAAUCACUUCAAGGAUAAGAAAUUAGAGAAGUACGCCAAUGUUCUGUAUGGUUUAGAGGUGUUUACAUGAAUUUGAUUGGCUGUUAAUUGAAUGGAAACUGAAUAAACAUCGAGACAGGGAUCCAGCUAUGGUGCGAGAAGGGAUCUCUUUCAGGGACAAAGUGGCAGCGGCCAUGGAGUUAGACGUGGAAAAAGAUUUGGCAGAGGAAAAUGAUGGGAUUUUGAUGAAAGUGAAGUGGUUAUCUCUCUGAAGGGACCUAUCCCAGUGGUGGACUUUUCUGAUGAAUUUGAACAGAGGCUUGCGAAAAGAUGGAGUAAAGCUGUGAUUGUGAGAUUUCUGGGCAUGAAGAUAGGCUAUCGAGCCAUGGAGUCAAGAUUCCAGACGCUGUGGAGCACUGAGAAUUUCAAAAUGAUUUAGGUAAUGAUUAUUUUCUAAUCAAAUUCUUCUCUGAUGCAGGUCUUCAGUGAGCAAUGCUGGCCGAUCCAUGGAUUAUCAAUGGAAGUUAUCUACUGACGUAACCAUGGUAUCCAUCCUUUGAUGUGGCCAGUAUCGAAAUUCAUAUGGCGGUCGUUUGGAUUGUCUUCCAGGACUUCCAAUGCAUUGGUAUCAAGAAAAAAUGUUGAAGAGAAUAGGUGCUUCUGAUGGAAAUGUGAUAAAAGGUGGAUAUACACACAACGGAUGAAGCUAGAGGGAAGUAUGCUAGAUUAGCCAUAGCAGUGGAUUUACGCCGGCCGUUAGCGGCCAAAGUGCAAGUUAGACAUAGAGUUGAAAUCAUAAAAUAUGAGAAUUUGCUUACUAUAUGUUUUAACUGUGCUAGAGCUGGGAAUAAAUUAUCAGUGUGUCCUUCAAAAACUCAGAAAGAUAAUGAUAAAGCUAGUGCAGAGAAUGCAUCGAAUAUGGUGAAACAGCCUCCAGAGGAGGAUUUCGGUGAAUGGAUGCAGGUGCAGUGCCGGUCAAGGCAAUUGCCGAAAAGGAAAAUCCCUUUGAGCCGAAAUCAGUGGAUUCAGGAUUUCGUUUCAAUGCUCUUUUAGAGGAAGGUGUCACAAAGGAUCUAAGGAGGAGAUUCGGCCCUCAGCGGAAAAUAAGAGGAGAGGAUUACCAAUUAGGAAAUCUAAUGUGCACAUCCGAGAAAACAAAAACUCUUUCCUCAAAAUGGGCAGAAAUCCAAUAAGGAAACAAAAGCGUCUAUGAGACAUAUACGGAAAGAUAAUACCAAUACUAGCAGUACUAAAGGAAGGCAAACGAUUGGCUCCAAGGUGUCAAAGUUAAAUGCUAGACACACAAAAUCAUUCGGUUGUGAUUCUGCAAAAGGACAACUAUCGUUAUUAUGAGCCCAUGCAAAAAAACCCCUUGAUUUGGAAAUUUUCUUAUUUUCACGAUAAUGUAAAUACAUGCAAGUGCUCUACGUUAGACCACUAGAUUCGUCAUAUUCCCUCUCGAUUUUGGAAAACCUGCCAGAGGGAGUAAAUAAGCAUAUACAAUCGGACUAUAUGAGCUUAGAUCACUCCAUUCUCAUACAAUCUGAUCAGGAGGCAGUGAAAGAAGCAGACCAUGAGAAUGAUAAUUUGUCCACAGAUGGACAUGAUGAUAGUAGUUUCGAUGAAGAAGAGUACACGAUGAUAGUAGUUUCGAUGAAGAAGAGUAUUGUGAUCCCUACUUAAAUGAUUAAGGUACGUGGAGGUUCUUUUCUUUUUGGUUUAAAUUUAGUUAUUAUGUCUAUCUUUAUAUGGAAUUGCCAAGGAGUAGGCAGCCUCCCUUUCAUUAAGUCUUUCAAGUUGGUGCUCAAACAGUAUCGUACAGAGUUGGUGGUUAUCAUGAAAAUUCACAUUAGUGGAGUUAAAAGCCGAGAGAGUGAUAAAGAAAUUCAAGAAAUUAGACUUUGCACCCUCUCAUAGGGUUGAAGCGCUUGUUACUCUGGGCGGCAUGUAGUUGCUGUGGAACUUAGAUUUGGAAUAUUGAAAUUAUCUCAAAUAACUUCCAUUUUCAUUUAUACUUGCAUAUUGAACACAGGCUUUGAGCCGAUGUUCUUUAUAGCGGUUUAUGGUAGUCCUAUUCCAAGCCGAUGUUCUUUACAGCUGUUUAUGGUAGUCCUAUUCUAAGUAGACCGAAGCACCUGUGGGUUAAUCUCAAAAAGCUAUAAGUUAAGGACAAUAUUCCUUGGCUGGUAGUAGGGGAUUUUAAUGCUAUGACUACAGCAGAGGAGAAGAAAAGAGGUUCAAGGUUUUGGUCAAGUAUCUCGUAUGACUUUAUUUCUUGGAUUAAUUCUUCGAAUUUGUAUGAUCUAGGCUUUAAGGGUUCUAAGCACAGUUGGCAAAGAGGUCGCACCUUUGAAAGAUUGGAUAGAGCCUUAUGUAAUUUGACUUGAAAUACUCUCUUUGCUGAAACAAUUGUGCACCACCUCCCUCGCUUGCAUUCUAAUCACAGGCCCUUUUUUAUUUGCUUACAAAGCUAACAAGCUCCACAGGUAAAUUCUAGACCCUUUAAAUUUCAAGUAGCAUGAUUAACUCAUAAUUUUUUUUCAGGGUCUCACAAAGAAGGUUUGAAAAGGUGAGGAUGAUAUGAUACAUAAAUUGAAUGAGCUUUCCAACAAGCUGAAAAAAUCUAGAAUCAGGAAGUUUUUGGAAAUGUCUUCAAGCAAAAAAGAUUAUUAAUGAUCCGAAUAGGUUAGAUUCAGAGGAAAUUGGAGCCCAACUACUCUAACAGACUUCAGAAUCUUGAAAUAGGAGCUCGAUCUUCUUCUCUAAAGGGAGGAGUUCAUUUGGUUCUAAAAGUCAAGAGCUGAAACCAUCAAAUUGGGAAAUAGAAAUACUGCUUUUUUUUCAUGCCAAAACCAUUGCUAGGAGACGAAUGAAUAAAAUCGAACUCUUAAGGAAUGAGGCAUGAGAUUGGCUGGACAAUCAAGAGAUCUUGAAGGCCAUAGUAUGUUAGUUCUUUCGAAGUCUGUACUCCCUGGAUAUGCUAAACAUACCUCAGUAUCCAGUAAGAGGUAAGUUCUCUCAAAUUAAGGAUUCAGACAUGAGUAAUUUUACAUUACCUGUGUCUUCAAGAUAUGUCCGGGAGGCUCCUUUUAAGAUGAAAUCUUAAAAGGCUUCGGGAUUUGAUGAUUUCUAAGCAGGUUUCUUUCGAUCACAAUGGUUAGUCGUAGGAAACGAUCUCGUCAAGCAAGUCAGUACAAUUAUGGCUGGUCAAGCAAAUCAGUACAAUUAUAAUUGGUGGCACUCUAGGGAGAAUUUUGAAUAAUACUUUAAUUUCUCUUAUCCUGAAAGUCUCUGAUCCUGUUACUAUUGCGAUCUUCUAGAUUUAUUUUCUUGUAUAGUGUAGUAUAUAAGGUCAUAACUAAAGUGAUAGCUAAUAGAUUAAAGCAUAUUUUGCCUUAUGUUGUGAGUCAUAACCAGACGAGCUUUGUUCCUGGCAGAAGUAUCAAUGGCAAUAUUAUCAGAGCAUAUGAAUUCAUUCAUUUUAUGAUAUUUAAGAUAGAUAAAAAGGGUUUUCUUGUUCUCAAAGUUGAUUUAGAGAAAGCUUACAAUAAAGUCAAAUGGGAUUUAUAGAUAAUACUCUCAUCGAGGCAUGUAUUCCUUUGAACCCUAUAACGGUUAUUCUUAAUUGCAUUACUUCAGUCAAGCUGCAACUUCUCUGGAAUGGAGGUCUCGUAGGGUAGUUCCAACCAUCCAGAGGUUUAAGAUCGGGUGAUCUCAUAUCCCCCUAUUUCUUUGUGCUUUGCAUGGAGAGGUUGGCACACGGAAUUAUGGAGGGUAUGGAGAAUUAAAGAAUGGAGACCUAUUUUUUUAAACAAAGGAGGACUUCGUUAUCUCACCUUUUUUUUAGAUGAUUUUAUUCUUUUUGUGGAGGCUUUUGCGGGACAAGUUACGGUAAUUAAUAAAGUUCUUGACAUAUUUUGCCUAAGUUCAGGUGAAGAGUGAACAAGACUAAAAUGAAAGUGUUUUUCUCAAAGAAUGUGAAUCUGACAACCAAGAGGACUCUAAGUGAUAAGCUGAGUGUGGAAGCAGUUGAUGAUUUAGGGAAGUAUUUAGACAUUCCGCUUUUUAGUUUCAGAGUUUACAGAAAUA